UUGGGGUGAACUUUGUAACUACAAAGUAAAUAAAUAGAAGAGAAGAGAGACAAGAAGAGAGUUGAAAAUAUGAGAGAAGUGUUGGGUUUGUUAGUAGUGUAUGUAUGGCGUGUGUAUUGCUUCGCUUCUCUUUCUCUAAGUCUUUGUUCACGCUCUCUUCUUUUCUUUGUCUUGGUCUAACAUCCAACAACACCCAAACCCAACAACAACAUUGAAGGGUGUCGGCUUCAUUUUAAGUAAUUUUUGUGGCAACAAUCAAACCCCAUCUGACGAUUUCGCCCCCCAAACCCAGUGAGUUGAAUUCCCUCCCCAGAUCCACAUCGGUACGUAGAAUCCUGCUGUGGUGAGGUGCGGUGUAUUCAUUGGACAAGAUUGGAAUGCAAAGGUUGAUUGAUUAAUACUAACAAAUAAUCAUCUUAGCCACAAGAGAUGGUGUCAAGUCAGCUGGUGAAAGUGAAAAGAGAUACGCUACGACCAUGCAUGACAUGCCCUCUCUGCCAUAACUUCUUCAAAGAUGCCACCACCAUCUCUACGUGCCUUCACACCUUUUGCAGGAAAUGCAUAUAUGAGAAACUCUCGGAUGAGGAGAUGGAUUGCUGUCCUGUGUGCAAUAUUGACUUAGGCUGCCUUCCGGUGGAGAAACUCAGGCCAGACCAUAAUUUGCAUGACAUAAGGGCAAAAAUAUUCCCUUUUAAAAGAAAAAAGAUCAAGGCCCAAGAAGUUUUGUCUUCAAUAUCAUUGCCUGCAAAAAGGAAGGAAAGAUCACUUUCAUCAUUGGUAGUCAGUGCUCCCAAAGUUUCAAUGCAACCUGGCUUUACAGGAAAGAGAACAAAAAACAGUACAAGAAAGGCUGCCGCUUUACGUGGAUGCAGUUUCCUUCUUGACGAAUCCAUAAAGAAGGAACAAGCAAAUGGUGACGAUAAUAUGGAUUCUUCCAUGCCUGAACCUUCUAAGAAGCAUAAGCCCCAUGAAGAUACAGAGAACAAUGUGGAACAUACAGAAGGGAAGGUUGAUCUCUGGACACCACUGAACUGUCUUGUUGAAGCUGCCAACAGAACAAAGUCCUCCAGGUCAAAUUCACAAGCAACUCCUCUUGCCAAAUUAGAGUCCCCAACUACUCCUCAUGGUGGACAAGAUACAUCUGAAACUACAACCAAAACAGACCUACCUGCUUCUGCCAAGAGUGAAUUAAACAUUCCAAAAUCCAAAAAUAAGGAUACUGGACAUAAAACAAUAUUUGGAGAUGACAAGGAUGCAAACAGCUUGCCUUCAGGACCAGGGAAGCGAAGAAGGUUGCGUCCUGCUGGUCAGAAAAGAGUUGCUGCAUCUGAGAUGUCUGCCUCUUCCCCAGCCCCACUAGAUACAACAGGGGGCAAGUGCAACAGGAAAAACAGUCCUAUUUGGUUUUCAUUAGUUGCUUCAGAGGACCAGAAAGGAGAUGUUCCCUUGCCACAGAUCUCAGCAUGUUACUUAAGAAUAAAGGAUGGUGCGGUGCCUGUCUCAUUUAUUCAGAAGUACCUUGUGAAGAAACUUAAUCUUGCCUGUGAAGCAGAGGUGGAAAUAAUGUGCCGGGGUCAGCCAGUGCUCCCAUCUUUACAACUGCAUAAUUUAGUAGAUCUAUGGUUCCGGACAGCAUCAACCUCAAAAAAGAUACCAGCAUCAGUGGGGUCCUCAGCCAAAGAUUUUGUGAUGGUUUUAUCAUAUUGUCGAAAGGCCUUGCCUCCUUGAGAAAGUUCCCUAUUCUAUCUAUUUUACAUACACAAUCAACUGUUUUGACAGCAGUCUCACCGAUAUUACUGCUUAGAGAUUUGUUCAUUUAGUACCAUGCGAGGAAUCUAUAUGAUUUUGUUUUGCUCAUGACUGAAUAUGUACAGCCAGCUAUUUUCAAUUUUCUUACUUCUGCUUCAUUUGCUGUUAUUCUUUGGAUCAUGAUACACUUGUCAUUUCCUUUUGAUCAAAAUGAGUGGCUAUAAAUCAGGGAAAAAAAAACUCAACUUUGUUCA